GUUAGUUAAACAAUACCCUUGUCAUUUAGCCACCUCUCUCCUUUUCCUCUCACCUCCCUGUCUCCUUCUUCUCCUAUUUUUUUCUACUGUCUGUCGGUUUGUUUCUCUUGCCCUCUUUAGCCUGUCCAUAAUUCCCUCUUUCUCUCCAUCUCACUAUCUAUCUAUCUAUCUAUCUAUCUAUCUAUCUAUCUAUCUAUUUAUCUCAAUCUUUGUCUUUCUCAUGAACACUUAUACACACACACACACACACACACACGCACACGUACACACGCACACGCACACAGAUACGCAUAAUUGCCACAUUUACGCUUUGAGUUUAUUAAUCGAGUCACUACUACAUUUGAUCGCUUUUCGCCUGCUUCCUUCACUCCUACACUCUAUCUCGCACGGUGUCUCCAUCUGUCUGUCUACCUGCUUGUCUGUUUGUCUGUCUGUCCACCCCUGUGCAUUUCACUCUCAUUCUUUCUUUCUUUCUUUCUCUCUCUGUCUCUCUCUCAUUUAUACUUUCACUUUCUGGCAAACUGCUUCUUUGCAUCUCGGGCUUAUUAUAUCUGAAACACAUAUACACCCAGUUCUCUCUCCCUCUCCUUCUCUCUGUCUCUCUCUGUCGCUGUUUCUCUCUUUCGUUCAUUCUCCCGCCUAUGCAUUUUCUACCAUUCGUACUGCCACCUGUUUUCGGCACUCGCGUUACACUGACCGUACAGCACAAUCACAACAACCGUCAAGUCACAACUGCUGCCAUCAUUACAACGCUCUUUCUACUAUCACACCGUUACCAUCAACACCAUGCAACUACAAUUACGGCCAUUGGCCCCUUACAUCACAACCACCAUAGCCCUGCUAACUUUACAUUAAUACCACUGCAACCACCACCAUCAUCACCACUACCACCACUACAACACCAGCACUAUCACAUCACAAUUAAACACUAUCACUCCAAACACCUGUUCCCACCCUAGCACUAACACCUACCGCUUCUAUUACCUCGACUGCCACCAUCACCACCACCACCACCAUCACUACUUUAACCUUGGUAUCAUUAUUACAAUCACAAAUUGCUAAAACAAGAACAACAACAACAGCAAAGAGAACUUAGUAAGAACCAACAAAAUAAAAGUAAAAAAAAAAAAUUCAAACCGAACGAAAACAAGCUUCACCAACAACUAACGCAAGACUACUACGACCGCUACCUUUUCAAUACUACAGCCACUACUACUACUACUACUACUACUACUACUACUACUACUACUAAAGCACUACAGCAGGGAUCACCAUCAUCACUAGAAGCCACUGCAGCAUUGAAAACAUUAUUACAACUAAUACCAGCAGCGGCAGUGUCAGCAGCAGUAGUAGUAGCUUUACCAAAAGCUAGCACCACUAUCGACACAUUAUCGACACAUUAUCGAUACCACCGACAGCAGUAUCAACAACACCAACAUUAACAGAACCAUUAACCAACAUUUCUAUAACUAGUAUCACCGCCACUACCACGGGAACUACUAUCACUACUACAAUUAUUACCACCAUUAUCACUACCACCACCACCACACACGCAAAAAAAGAAAAUAAUCCAGCGCGACCAUUACCACCUCCACUACGGCUACGACGACUACUACCACCAACACUCGUACCAACAUCACCAUUUCCAGCCACGUCAACACCAGGUGUCAACAAAAUGGGGACUUCCGAAUAUGGUGCGGUAUUUUUCUAUUGUUUACCAAAAUGCCUUAGAUGAAAUAGAAAGUUCCUCGGUUUGUGUACAAAAGAAGGAAUGUAUGUAUACAAACGAGGAACAACCGGUGUAUAUUUAUACAUACUUUUAUAUAUAUGUAUGUGUACAUCUACACAUGUAUGUAUAUAUGUAUAUCUAUGUACGUAUGUAAUGUGUGUACGGAAAGCCCUCACGCCAAAAACAUUCUCUACUCUUAUACGGUCCACCACAUGCUUACAAACAAAAUACUCACAUAGACACACUCACACAAACAUAGAUGGGUACUCACUCGCGCAUUCAUGCAAACACAAUCAAACAUAUGCGUGUAUAUAUGUGUUUUGUAUAAAUUGUAUGUGUACAUAACAAUUAACCCGUUGAAAUCGUUUUACUGACGCUAAAAGUUUGACAAGUUCCUAUCUCAUGGUAAUUUCUUCAUAACGAUAACGACUUCCAUUAUUCUGAAUUCUCAUCCUCCUUCUUUCUCUCUCACCACAUUUUCUCAACAUUGUUGUUGUUGUUGUUAUUCUUCUUCUUCUUAUUAUUAUUAUUAUUGUUAUUAUUAUUGUUGUUGGUGUUAGUGUUGGUUCAGUUUGUUGUUGUUUACGCGCUGUAUUGGAUUUAGAUGCUUACUUGGAACUGUUGAAGUUCGCUUAUUUUACUAAUACUCAUAGAAUGGAAUGAACGGCACCUCUUCUGAUAUGCUGCCACUAAAAACAAAAAACAAAAAACCAUAAAAAUAAAGCAAACUUUUCAUGGUCUGUACUUGUGUAAGAAAAACAAAAACGGCAAACACCAUAUCUUUUUUAACACGUUUUGAAAAUUUAAUUUGAUAUUUUCCUGUUCGUAUUAUUUUUCUAUUUCACCUGAACCGGUCGUUUUUGACAGACGUUAUUUACAUCAAUGCUUAACUGAAAGUCUUUUCCGAAAGUGUUUUCUUACCUGUUACUACCACAGCGGUUGUUUUGCUUGGCUGACUUGAUAACCAUAGCAAUAGAAAGAGGGGAAAAAAGUGAGAGGGGAAAAGAAAAAUCAGAAUGAUGAAGUGAGAGGAAAGGAGGAAGAGUAAAAGAGAGUGAGAAAAAAGAAAGAAAGAAAGAAAGAAAGAAAGAAGAAUGACAGAAGAACAAUAUAAAACAAGAGUAGCUAACUGAAGAGCAGGAAGUAGAAGUAAAUAGAAAAGUGAAAUAGUAAGAGUGAGUGAAGAAGUCGGACAGGCAGACUGACAACGAGGUGGUUGAGAAAGAUAUAAACAAUAAGAGAGAGUGAGGGGAAAACGAGAGAGUAUGUGUGUGUGUGUGUGUAUAUGCCAGAGAGCACGAGGGAAUGAGAGUCAAAAAAGGAUGAGAAGGAAAAUAGUGAAAACAACAGACCUUCUGUGAACAGGAGGACAGGAGUAUUACAAAAUCCUGACUUGUUUCCCUCCCAAACAGAAUGAAAUGUUUGCAUUAUCAACACAUCCACGUUCAGUGGUAAAACACUCGAUUCGUAAUAUUCGAGUCGAGUACAGGUUCCACCAGUCGAAUUUUCUAUGGAUGUUCGCUGCUAUGAUUUUGUUUUCUGUUUUUAAAAGCAAUAUUUCAGCUUUGAACAGCAAUGAGUUUCUGGGUACAUCAGCCCAAACCAGGCAAAUACAGAAUCGGUCAACUAUGUCAUUCAAUAACCUUUCUUCCUUUCCACAUGCUACUCACACUUCACCAUUGCAUUCCACAUUAAACAGCAAAACUUUGACAAUUAUUUUGCCAGACCCAGAUUUCUGUAAUCUGACGUUAUUAGAAAAAAUUAAAACCUGGACCAAAAACAUGGCUAGUCAAAUGCAAUACACACUUUCACCGUCCCCGACAGCUUCUGCUACGGAUAAAAUAGCAGCGAACUCUUCAAAAUCAUCUAAAUUGGAAAUUAAAAAGGCAACCCCAAAGUUUACUUUCAAAUGGCACACAUUCUGCGAGGUCCAUGCAAACAACAAAGGAAGGGAAAAUAUAGAUAUUUUCGAAAGGCCAGAUGUAGCCCUCUAUAAGCUAUUUGAAGAUCCCGGAACUUGUAUCGUGCUCAGCUUGCCAAAAAGACAAGAAUUGCCACUAAGAUAUGUCGAUCGUAACCAACAUUGGCAAAACUUAUAUCCUCAGCAGGAUGAAAAAUCUGGAAACAAGGAGGUUUUUGAUAUCUGGAGUAUAGAAGACUUACGUGUUCCCCAGGAGGAUUUUUACCACAAUGUUCUAAGCUUAGCUCCUGUAUGGCAAAAACCUUAUAUCGCAGCUAACGGUGAUGUUAUCGUUCAGGAUGUCAGAACCCCACAUAUUAUCAGCUUGGUGCCUAAGAUUUUACAAAUAGUGAAGGCAUUAAGUGUCAUAUUUGACCACUUCCAUUGGCAACAUCUAGUAAUCAUUAGUAACCAAGAUGGAUAUUGGUUGGAGUUUGCCAGGAAAAUGUUUGUAGAGCUUGUUUUACGCCACUUUUAUGUAAAAUCUUUCAUAUUUGAAACGGAUAAAUUACUAACCGCAACUGAGGGUCAUGAAGAAAAUAUCACGAAUUUGGACAAAGCUUAUUAUAGAGUUUCAUUUUCUUCACAGAAAAUGUAUAAAACAAAUAUAUGCAUUGUAUGGAAAAAAAAAAAGCACGCGAAAAUUAUCCUACUAUACCCGAGCACACAAGGAACCAUAAAAAAUAGAGAUAUAAAUAAAUAAAUA